AAAUUAAUUCCAGCGAAAAUAAAGAGGCGCUGUAUGGACAAAGAUGGGAAGUGUCAGCCAUCGUUUUUAAAAGAGUACAACCGUACAAACUGGCGUUAUUUGUACGAUAUGUUUACCACGUCGGUAGAUAUGCCGUGGAGGUACAAUCUACUCAUGGUCAGUGGUGUCUUCCUGUUAAGCUGGUUGAUUUUCGGAAUUCUAUACUACCUCAUUGCAAUAUGGAGGGGUGAUUUCAAGCACAUUGACGACGUAAACUGGAAACCAUGCUUCCGAAACUUCAUCAAUUUCAAAUCAGCCUUCUUGUAUUCAAUGGAAACUCAAACGACAAUUGGGUAUGGUUACCGAUCACCCACGGAACACUGCGAAGAAGCCAUCUUGUUAGCUCUCUUCCAAGUUAUAUUUGCUAAUUUCUUUGAAGCUUUUAUUAUAAGCAGUUUCUUGGCGAAAAUAUCACGACCGAAGCUUCGUGCAUCAACGCUUAUCUUCAGCAAGACAGCGAUAAUUUCAGAAAGAGAAGGGAAUGUCUGCUUCAUGUUUAGGAUAGCGGAUCUGCGAAGAAGUCAAAUCGUGGAAGGGCAUGUGCGUCUGUUACUGUUGAAGCAUCAUGUGACAGAGGAAGGUGAGGUAUUGCCGCUUAAGAUGUACGACAUGGACGUGGGUCACAGCACAGGUUUGGAUAGAGUAUUUCUCGUCUGGCCCUACACAGUGACACAUAUUAUUGAUUCCAAAAGCCCACUGCAUGAAGUAUCGAAAGAGAUCAUGGAAAAUUCAAGUUUUGAGAUUAUUGUCAUCCUGGAAGGCAUUGUGGAAGCCACAGGCACCACGACUCAGGCACGUACAUCUUAUAUCAACGAUGAAAUACGCUGGGGACAUCGUUUUGAGGAAGUUCUACACUUCAACGGAGAAAACUUUGAUAUUGACAUGGACAGGUUUCACAAAACCUAUUCUGUGCACACGCCAAGAUGUUCAGCAAAAGAUCUCUAUGCAAACCAAGAUAAUCAUAACAGGUUUGAUGACAGUGAAAGUGAAAGUGACUAUGAUCCAAGAAUAAUCAAAAGAUGGAGUCUAAAAAGAGAACCUGUUGUGUGGCAACCAUUGAAACAAAACAGAGAAACAAGAAUUUAA